CCGCGUCCUUACAAGCUCGAGUGCCUCGCGACCUAUACCAACUGCAAGUACAACGUGACCUGCGCAUGCGACGGAUGGAGAGAAAUUUCUCGCAACUCGGAAAAUUGUCGCAGGUGUCUGCAUCCAAAACGAGCUCAUUACGAACAUCUCUCUUCGUUGACUGAUGCACGAUUGCAGCAACUCCUAGAAUUGUAUUACGAUGCCGAAACGAUUUUCAUCAGUCUCACGAAAGAAAAUGACGUCGAAACUCGGAAAAUCUUUAGGUAUCUCUACCAGAUCUUAAAGAAGGCAGUGAACGAGAAAAGCAACGCCCAGUUGGAUGUCCUCAAAGUCCUCGGCCAGCCUCCGUUCGAGAAGCCGACAUUCAAUGCCCUGGUUCAACAGUUUUACAAUACCAAGUGCAUUCAUUUCCCUGCACCAGAACGAUCCUCGAUGAUGGCCGCUGCCUCGGGGCUCAUCAAGUCCAUCAAUUGCUGGCGAGUGGACCCUCACCUCAUCCAGCCAUUCAUCGACAAUACGACUUACAUCCAAUGGCUGUGCUUUUGCUAUGUGCCUUUGUACUGCAGUUCUUUCAACCUGCACAGCAUCGGGGAUGUUUUCGGAACUCGGUUCUUCACUGGUGUGCUUCCGUUUUUUCGUUCCAAAUUGGACGAGUAUGUUCGCAGUCGCAGUGGCCCGUUGCCGAAGCAAAGCCAGUUUGUACUCGAAGGGUUUCCGAAGUUCAUGGAUCUGUUUGAAAAGGAUUUGAAGCUUGCGGAAUCGUCGUUCUGGCAAGGAGGUCCAGCAGCACCGCUGAUUGAAAGCUACUCAUCUGAACCCCCGAGUGCCGAAAUCGUUGCCAGUGAAGAGAAGGAACCUCCGUCGGUACCAGAAAUUCAGCAAGCGUUGGUGAAAGAAGAAAUGGAACAAUCUGACGAGUUCGCGGAAGAGGACAUACGUCCGUAUGCUGUCGUCAUGACCCCUGAGGGGAUCGAGAAACUAGUUCAAGAUGCCUGGGACAUUGAACAAAAGGUUCAAGGCAACGUCGAAGUCCAAUACCAACUCAUUCAUGUUCCCGACGACUGUGUUUCGUUACCGGAGAUGCAGAAAGUUCUUCUCCGUCAGCUGGUGGACAUUUUUUCGGCCCAGUUACCCAACCUGCCCCAAGAAUUCAUCGUUCGGACAUUGUUCGACUAUAGGCAACAAACGCUUACACUUGUGAAGAAUAAUGCUGCGCAAGGUGGAAUCACGUGCAGGAUGUUCCCGAAAUUCGCGGAGAUUUCACUUUUGGCUGUGUCCCCGGAUUCCCAGGGAAACGGAUUCGGGGGUUCGCUUGUGUCGCAGUGUAAAGAUGUGUUCAAUGAAUUUGGUUUGAUGUAUGUGUUCGUGAGCUGUGACGAGUAUUCCGCGGGAUUUUUCAAACUGCACGGUUUUAGUGACGAUCUCUCUGGAAUCCCGAAGGACUUGUACACUGGCUACGUGAUGGAGUACGAAGGAGGCACGUUGAUGGCGUGUCACCUUGAUCCGCAAAUGGUACUCAUUUUGAACACGAGCUCGAUUCCUGGACUGAGGAAAGUCGGUUACAAUCCCAUUGCAGAACGCUGUGUGACCGAGCGGGAAUUGUUUGGACCAGACAGUGACGAUGAUGGGUCGGGACCUUCGAAACCUAAGAUCAUGAAGCUCAAGUUGCAGCGAGGCAGGAGAACUAAGAUGGAGACCAAGAAUGACCGAGAAGCCAAGUUCACGCAGCGCUAUUCCUGGGAGAAAGAUUUCGACACUGACACCUUGCAUGGGAUUCUCAAGAACGUCCUGAACCAAGUGAAAGCCCAUUCCGCAGCUUGGCCUUUCCUGAAGCCAGUGGAUAGGUUUGAUGUUCCUGAUUACUACGAAGUAAUCGAACACCCGAUGGACUUGAAAACUAUGACGGAUAGAUUAAAACGCGGUUAUUACUCCCACAAGAACUUGUUCCUCAUUGACAUGAGGAGAAUGCUACGGAAUUGCCGCAAGUACAACAACCCGGAAACCGAGUAUUGCUUGUGCGCAGAUGCCCUGCAGCGAUUUUAUAUCAGCAAAAUGCAAGAAUACGGAAUUGAUGUUGUUAUUUGAACUGAAUUUGCAGCUUUUGAAAUGAACGAAUUUGUUUUGCAGCUAUA